AUGUAUCACACAAGAUAUCUAUUCAAUUUCAUUUUCUUAAAUUUGGUUGUUGCUACGCCUCAAAUCAAUCUUCAUUAUACAGAUUGGGUAAGUGAAAGUAAGAAUCAUCCUGUAUUACAGCACGACUGUUUGCAUGUUGCUGCUUCUAUUGAUGAAACAAAUGUUAAUCGUGAAAUUAUAUCUUAUUGUAUGAAUGAUGAUUGGCUAUUGAAAUUUCAUAUUGAGAGUAAUGAUGUCUUUCCAAAGUUUACUUUUGCUGAACUUGCGAAACGAAAUAUUACUAGUCAACAAUUAUACCUGUGGUCAGCACCAAUAGAUGUUGCUGAACGUUAUGAAUUCUAUUUAAACCAAUUAUCAACAUUGAAUGAUAUAUUUCUGGAAACUCAAGUAUUUUAUAAUUGUACAUUACCAAGAUUUGGUUCUAUGUGUCAAUAUGAAAUUACUUAUUAUAAUCGAAAUCAUUUAUCUUUAGAUGAUAUUAUUCAUGAUUAUUAUCGUACAUAUGAAUAUAAUCCUAAUAAGUUUACCUGUUAUACUCAUUUACAAUGUAAUCGUGGUCCUUUUCCAGCAUGUUUAGAUUGGAGUGAAAUUUGUAAUGGACAGGUCGACUGUCUCGAUGGCGAAUUUGAUGAAGAACAUUGUUGGCAACUUGAAAUAAAUGAAUGUAAUGAUAAUGAAUAUCGAUGUACUAAUGGACAAUGUAUACCACAGUCAUUUUUUCGAGAUGAUCGUAACACUCCUGAUUGUCUUGAUGGUUCUGACGAAAUUUCAUUGAGCUUUGAACACAGUUACAAAUGUAAUAUAGUAACUGGCACGUAUCUACAUCAAUCGCUUGUUAGAAAUGAUAUCUGCGAGUGCAAACUUGAAGACCAACAUUGGUGUGAAGAUGAAGAUUUACAUAUAAACUAUGCCAGAAAGAAUAUUUCAUUUCAAACUAUUUGUGAUGGAUUUACUGAACUCAUUCCAAUAACUAUCGAAGGACAAAAUGAAACAGAUGAAACAGAAUGUGAACAAUGGUCAUGUAAAAACAUUUAUACUCCUUGUGAUGGUUUAUGGAAUUGUCCACAUGGUGAAGAUGAAGUUGGUUGUGAUUUAUCUUCAUCAUUAAAUUGUUCUUCAGAUUGUCACAAAUGUGUUUCACCUGAUACCAAUGAACUUAUUUGUCUUCCUGUUAAGCAAGCAAAUGAUGGCAAGAUCGAUUGUCUUGGUGCCACUGACGAACCAACAUUAUGUCAAGAAAAGUAUCAAGUAAAAUUUUACGAUAAUUUUUACUGUAUAAACUCAAGUCCUUACAAAUGUAUUGGUUAUCAAAGUCUAUGUGACAAUGGUGCAUUUUGUGAUCAUGGAGAUGAUGAAAAAUUUUGUGUGCAAAAUCGAACAGAUAUUUCCAUAGUGGAUAAUAUUUGUCAUUCGUCUUAUUUAUCGAUUCGUUCUGAAGUUGAACAGUUUUUAUGUCACGAAACAAAAUACAAGGUAAAACAACAAAGAAAAUAUUUUUCAUUAGAUGAAAUGAGCAAACCCGUCGAAGAUCAAACUAAGAAUAUAAUAAAACCCAUAUUUUCAAAUUUACCUCGCAUGGAAAUGCCUCAUCAACAUGAACUUCGAUGUCAUCGUGGUUUUGAUUUACGUAUCUGGUUAAACAAUGAAAAGAACUUAACAACAAAUGCAUGUCUUUGUCCGCCUAGUUUUUAUGGUAAUAUGUGUCAAUAUCAAAAUCAACGAGUGAGUUUAACCAUUAAAUUUCAAGUAGUAUCAGACUCUUGGUCAACAUUAUUUGCCAUAAUUAUUUCACUUAUCGAUGAUAGUGAAGAAAGAACUAUUCAUUCAUAUGAACAAUUUACUUAUUUGGCAACAAGAGAUUGUAAAAUUAAAUUUAAUAUUUAUCUGCUCUACUCAACUCGACCAAAAAAUGAAAGUAAAAAUUAUGCUAUACAAAUUGAUAUUUACGAAAAAAUUUCAUUAAUUUAUCGAGGAAGUUUAUUGUUUCCAAUCAUAUUUCCAUUUUUACCUGUUCAUCGUUUGGUAUAUAUAGUAGACAUUCCACGAAUUAAUGAAGACAUUCAAAGUUGUUCAAAUUCUCAAUGUAUUCGUGGAAAAUGUGUGAAAUAUUCAAAUAAUCCAAAAAAUGGUAGCUUUUGCCAAUGUAAACCAGGAUGGUCUGGACGGUAUUGUACUAUUCAACAUACUUGCACGUGUUCAUCUGAUUCAAUAUGUAUUGACGUCUUAGCUAAUAAUCGAUCUGUAUGUGUUUGUCCUAUUAAUAAAUUUGGUGAUCGAUGUCUUCUUGUCAAUACAAUUUGCCAAAUGGAUAAAAAUUUCACAUGUCAACAUGGUGGUCAAUGUAUUCCUGCUGAUGAAUAUAUGAUAUCGGCUAGAAAAUUCAUAUGCAUUUGUCCAAAAGGUUAUAUUGGUGAUCGAUGUGAAAUAGUUGAUAACAAAAUAAUUCUAUCAUUUCAAAAAAGUAUUGUUUUAUCUCAAUCAAUAUUCAUUCAUUUUAUUCAAGUGAUUAAUAAUAGUGCACCGAUGAGAACAACAACUUUUCGAACAAUUCCUCUUACAAAAAGUUCACUUGUAGUUUAUUGGUCACAACCAUUUCAUCUUGUUUUUAUUGAACUUUUAAAUAAAAUUUAUUAUUUAGCUGUUAUUCAAAAAACUUAUGAACGAUCAACAAUAAUUAAUAAAAUGAUAAAUCCAACAGAUCGUUGUCAACAUAUAAAUGAGUUAUUUAAUGGAACAUUUGUUCAGAUGCAUGUUCUUCGUCGCAUCAAAUAUUAUCAUUUACCAUGUCGAAACUAUUCAUCAAAUCUUUCAUGUUUUUAUGAUGAUCUUCAUAUUUGUUUAUGUUAUGAUUAUGGAAACCAACGUCUAGCAAAUUGUUUUGACUUUAAUCAUAAUAUGAAAUUUGAUUGUUUAGGACAAAGUGUCUGUGAAAAUGCAGGUGAAUGUUUUCAAGACACUUCAGACUGUCCACAAAGAUCAAUGUGUAUUUGUCCAGCAUGUUUUUAUGGAACACGAUGUCAAUUUAGUUCAAGUGGAUUUGGUUUAUCCCUUGAUUCUAUCUUAGCCUAUCAUAUUCAACCACAUAUUAAUCUUAUACAUCAACCAAAUAUUGUAAAGAUCUGUUUCGCAUUGACUACAAUCUUGAUGGUAGCAGGAUUUAUCAAUGGAACUUUAGCUUUGAUUACAUUCAACAAUAAAAUUAUAUGCGAAGUUGGUUGUGGCUUAUAUUUACUAGGUUCAUCAAUUACUACUUUACUUAUAACAAUUCUAUUUGGAUUGAAAUUUUGGAUACUUGUUCUUGCACAAAUGGCAAUUAUAUCUAAUCGAUUAUUUUUACAAAUUCAAUGUAUAUCUCUCGAUUUUCUUUUACGGAUUUGUCUUAAUAUGGAUCAAUGGUUAAAUGCAUGUGUGGCUAUAGAACGAGCAAUUACAAUAAUAAAAGCUACUCAUUUUCAUAAGGACAAAAGUAGAAAACUAGCGAAAUUAGCGAUUGCUAUUCUUCUGAUUGUUAUCAUUGGCACUUCUAUUUAUGAUCCUUUUUAUCGACGUUUAAUUGAUGAAGAAAAUGAAGAUGAUAAACGAGUAUGGUGUAUUGUUACUUACCCAUCAAGUUUACAAAUAUUCAAUUCUAUUAUUCAUACUUUUCAUUUUUUGACUCCAUUUGUCAUUAAUCUAAUAUCAGCUGUUAUUCUCAUAGCAAAAAAAUCUCGUCAAAGAUCAAAUCUUCAAAUUAACCGAAGCUUUAAAGAACUAUUAAAAGAGCAAAUUCGUCAACACAAACAUUUAUUUACUGCUCCUGUUGCAUUAGUUAUUCUUGCAUUACCACGGUUAAUCCUUUUAUUUAUAUCAAAAUGUAUGAAAUCAACAAAUGAUGCAUGGUUAUUUCUUGUUGGAUAUCUUAUUUCAUUUAUUCCACCUAUGCUUACAUUUCUGGUGUUUGUAUUACCAUCCAAAUUUUACAAAAAGCAACUUCACAAAUCUCUCGUCGCUUAUCGAACUAAAAUACAACGACGUUUAAAUCUUGCUUUUGUUAAAUCAAUUCAACAUUUUUCUCAAUAUCGUUAA